GAUAUUUCCCUCAUUCUAGAAGUAAAAUUUUGCUAAAUCACAAAGAGUUGAGAAAUACGUAUAUUUUUUCAUAAUAGUUUAAAAAAAUCAGACGCAAAAAUGUCCGUGCGUUUUGAUUGGUACCAAUCGGAGGCAAAAGUGGUUGUAACCGUGCUGCUGAAGAACGCUCCAGAGAAGAAUUACAACGUUAAAAUUGAGGCAGAUAAAGUACAUAUGACUGCAGAUGGCUACGAACUGCUGCUCCAUCUGCUCCACCCCAUCGUCGUAGAGCGCUCCUCACACAAGGCAUAUACAACGAAAGUAGAGAUAACUUUGGCCAAAGAAACGGGCGUGCGCUGGGAGACGCUGGAACAGAAUGCCAACUCCGCGUCGCUGGCUGCUCCAAUUCCAACGCGUCAGGUGAAGAACUGGGAUCGUUUGGUCAGCGAGGAGGAGAAAAUUGAAGAGAAGGAAGCUAAGGGCGAGGCAGCCCUCAGUCAGCUGUUUAAAAAGAUCUACAGCUCAUCCACACCGGAAGUGCAGAAGGCCAUGAACAAAUCAUUUUCGGAAUCUGGCGGCACUGUGCUGAGCACAAACUGGAAUGAAGUGUCCAAGGAUAAGGUUGACAUUAAACCGCCCGAAGGAACCGAAUUCCGCAAUUGGGAUUAAUAAGCAAGAGAAUUAAACAACAGAAAAACAACAUACACGCAUAGCUCAUAAAUACACACAUUAUAUAUUAAGAACCAUAAAAAAGCAUAGUUGAACUAAUAACAAUAAUAAAAAUGUUCAUUUUGAUUUAUUUAAAAAUUAAA